CGCUAUUCGUCGGACAGGGCCUCACAGCGAACAUGUCUUCAUCCACGCUUCCCGUCCUCAUCUCUGGUGCAGGUCCCACAGGCCUAUUCGCCGCUCUCAUCCUCCUCCGGAACGGUAUCUCCGUACGCGUCGUCGAUAAGCUCCCCCGUCAGCAUCCUGGCUCGCGUGGACCUGGCCUACAACCUCGUACAUACGAGCUCUUCCACCAAGCCGGGCUGCAUGAGAUCCACCGAGAAAGCCGUUUUCUCGCCCCAAUGCGGAUGUACAAACCCGGGACGUUGGAGACGGAGCGUGAUAUUGUCAUGGUGCAACCGCGCACUUCUACGCCGCAUUUCCCUUACGCCGACGCACUUUUGCUGGGUCAGCACCGCAGCGAACGUAUUAUGAUGGAGCACAUCGCGGAAUACGGCGUGCACGUUGAGUACAACACCGGACUCGGUUCCUUCGAACAGGACAAGGAUGGCGUCACUGUUCACCUCGCGAAGAAAGAUGGCGAUCAAGAGGUCUCAGAAACCAUUCGCGCGCAGUAUCUCAUCGGAGCCGACGGUGCGCGGAGUGUUGUACGCAAACAGCUAGGAUGCACUUUUCUGGGCGACACGCGUUCAGAUGUGCGGAUGAUCACGGGAGACAUACGGCUUGCCGGCGAGGGCCUAGACAGGGAGUACUGGCACAGUUUUGGAGAUGCCUCUGUGAGCAGAGUGCUCCUCCGCCCGGAACAUACAAUCGGUGAUAACGAAGACGGGUACCAGCUCAUAAUACGUGGGGAAGGCGUCGACUUCGCUAAGGUCAUUGCUGGCGGACAACAGGCGGUGUACGAUCUUAUCCAGGAGCAUGUUCCAACGAAGGUGGAGUUCAGGGAGCUCAUCUGGUUCGGCGAGUUCAUGCCCAACAUCCGGAUGGCGGACAAGUUUGGCGAGGGGAGGGUGUUCAUCGCUGGGGAUGCUGCGCAUUGCCAUAGCCCAACCGGCGGUCAAGGCCUCAACUCAAGCGUCCAAGACGCGUUCAACCUUGCCUGGAAACUCGCCCUCGUCUUCAAACGCCUCUCCCCUCCGACCCUCCUCUAUACCUAUAACACCGAACGAAUCCCCAUCAUAGCCGAGAUGCUCAACAUCACCACCGCCAUCCUCAACCUCUCCGCGGUCAACAACGACCGGGGGUUUCAACGCCCAGACAGCCUGCGCAUGCUCGGCGUCAACUACCGCUCCUCUUCCAUCGUGUACGACGAGCUCUCGCCGCCCGAGAGUCGCGCGCCUGUACCCGCAUACGGGGACGCGAUCGAGGGUGAUGCACCGCUGAUUGCCGGUGAUCGGGCGCCAGACGCACCCGGGAUGCGCGAUGUGCAUGACCAAGGGACGGAGUGGCGGAUGUUUGAUAUCUUCAAGCCGACCAGGCACACGGUGCUUGUGUUUGCGCCGUGGGUUGAAGAGGCCCGGCCGGUGCUUGCUGCUCUCGCGGAGAAGGAGCCGUGGAAGGAUGCUGUGCGUCCUGUCGUCGUUAUUCCCGCCUCGGCGACCGUGUCUGCGAAGCUCGAUGGCGUACUCAUGCUCCGCGAUGCUGAGGGGUAUGCGUACUCCGGUUUCCGCGUGGUGGAUGGAGAGACGCGGGUCGUGGUUGUGCGUCCGGAUGGCUAUGUUGGUGCAGUUGUCAGGGGCGUUGAAGGAAUGGAGAGGUAUUUCAAGGAUAUCUUCCUUUGAGACGAUCAUCGCAUGCACUUUUGACUCGUAUAACAUCCAUCAUCUACCACUACUCAGCUGCCUUUUCAUCCUAUCUCAGUCGCAUCGAUAUCACACAUCAGGUCUAACUUAUUGCGCAUAGUAUGUAGUCACGUAUACCUCUGUACUCAUGUUAUUGUAGACACCAUGAACCAUGAUCUCCACUCAACGUCAUAACCCGUUUAUUUCGCACAAACAAUGUCAUCGCAUCCUCAAACCUACUCUCGAC